GCAGCAAGUUCGCUGCAGUCACACUGUCAGCUGUUGAAACUCUUUGUUGUGUAUGUAGUAAUAUGUUUUCUGUUUGCUUAUAGUUACCAUGAGUUUUUUCAUGAAAUUUUUCAGUUGUCUUAGGUUAUUCUGGCCCUUUGAUCGGGAGACUCGAGCCGACUGAAGGUGUGAAAAUUUCAAGGUUCAAGAAACUGUCAGAUGUCGAUUUGGCUUGCAGUUUGCAGCAGUUCGAAAGGAAUCUACGUAGUGGUGCUACUUUGAUACAUUUGGAAAAUCGGAGGACAUGGGAAAGAAAGAAUACCUCUGCAAAGUCGAGGGAUGUGGGAAGGUGUUCAGUUCCUGCGGCGGUCUAUCACAGCACCGGAAAACACAUGAAGAUCGUCGUCGUUUCAAAUGUGAACACGAAGGCUGUGAAUUCUCGUCUCAUCAGAAAAUCAACCUGAAGACGCAUUACCGCAUCCAUACGGGGGAAAAGCCGUACCAGUGUUCGAUAUGCAACAAAUCAUUCUCGCAGCAGGCAAAUCUGAAUCAUCACCAGUUGAUUCAUACUAAGGAAAAAGAAUUUCUUUGUCCGGUCGAGGGAUGCAAGUUUCGGGCGUUCCAGUCCAUCAACUGCCAAACCCAUAUCUCUCGCUGUCAUCCCGAUAGCAAAGAUUGCGUUCCAUUACCCUCCUAUCAGAACCAAAGUCCUCCUGAAUGCAAGCGGAAGAAAAGAUCGAGAGAGCCUGAAAAUGUUAUCAAAAAGUUGUCACCCAAUCCGCAACCUACCCGCAGUUCGUGGAGACUGGUGAAGCGGCGGGAACACGCUGCACUUGCGGAAAAUUGUGUGCAGCCGAAGACUAGCGAGGAUUGCGGCUUACCAAGUUCGAGUCCCUCUCAUUCACCGGAAAUUCCUAGCUUUUCCAGUAUUGACGACGAAGAAAGUACUUAUUCUUGCGUGCCGGAAUUCCCUCAAGUGGAUGUUGCUUCUCCGCAAGUUGAUGUGGAGGAGGACGAGAUUUGUGGCAUCGCUUACCUCACACCAGAAGGGUUACAAGGCGAAUGCCGUUAUUAUGUUGCCUGUAAAAACGAAUCAUGUAAUGCAGACGAGGACGAGAUUUGUGGCAUCGCCUAUCUCACACCGGAUGGGUUACAAGGCGAAUGCCGUUAUUAUGUUGCCUGUAAAAACGAAUCGGGAGUCGAUUACGUGUGGAUGUCUAAAGAUAUGGUUACGGACCAACAGAAGCGGAAAAUCCUGGACGUUGUGUUCCUUCAAAUGCCCAAAUGAAAUAUGUCAGUGCUGCUCAAAGCAAGUGCAACGAGGUUGUAUGAUUCUCGACAGUAUGAUUUUUAUUGUUUUUGCAAUUUCUUUUACAAAAAGGUUCCUUUUAUUGCGCGUUUGUACAUGAUAUCUGCACAGAUUUAUUUUUUCCUUUGACAUUUGAUUUCUUUCUUAGAGAUUGUGAUUCGUGAAAAAUCACUGCGAAAAAUAUUGGGAAAUAGUAAAAGAUCCCAAGAAUGGAAGCUUUUCAGGAAAUUUUUUAGCCUGCGCUACUUGCCC